GUUUCAUUACGGCAGUUCUCCACGUGACUUGGAAGCGGAAACAUACGUAAAAGAUUCUACAGAAACAUUGAUUAAAUCAGAUCAAAAUGCUAUCUGGUGCAAAAGUUUUGAUAACAGGAACCUCCAGAGGAUUAGGACUGGAAAUGGUUACUCAGCUUGCUAAUAGAAAAUCUCCUCCAAGUCUGAUUUUUGCCACCUGUAGGAACCCAGUUGCUGCAGUUAAACUUCAGGAGGUAGCGAAGAAGUUUGAUUUCGUCAAGAUAAUUCAGCUGGAUGUAAAUGCAUUAGAUACUUACCCUGCACUGAGUAAGGAAGUGUAUAAACACACAGAUAAACUGGAUAUUCUCAUUAACAGUGCUGGGAUAUCAUCAUCAGAAGCUUACGACCUUAGCACAUUUACCCCUGAGAUUAUGACCCAAACUCUUCAUACCAACCUUGUAGCUCCGAUAUACCUUACUAAGAUUUUCCUACCACUACUAGCUAAACCAGAAAUAGUUGAAGGAAACCCCUCAUUAGUUGUAAACAUCUCCAGUAACAUGGGAUCUAUCUCUGAAAACACCACACGGGGUGGACUCUACCCAUACAGGUGUUCUAAAACAGCUCUCAAUGCCUUUACAAGGUCUCUAAGUUUAGAUUUGAAAAUUCAGAACAUAUCAAGUGUAAGUAUCCAUCCUGGCUGGGUAGCGACAGAUAUGGGGGGAAAGGCUGCUGAGCUCACCCCGGCACAGUCUAUUUCAGGUGUUCUUACCUUGAUUGAUGAGUUCCAGGAGGAGCAGAAUGGAAACUUUUAUGACUAUGCUGGAAAGGUUUUCCCAUGGUGAAGCAUGAGAAGACACAAUCUAGCAUCAAAGAUUAACAUAUGUUCAAUGUACAUAAGUCAACUCCAGAAUAUUUAGUUUAAGCUGAUUUAGUAAAUGUUGGCAUAAAAUACAUAUAUAUUUUGAUUGGUACAAUA